GUCAUCAUCGAAGCGGAUAUGCUGCUGCAGUCAAUGAAAUCGUUUUCUAUCGCUGCUGGGGUCCCUCCAUUCUGAUCUUGGCUCUUCCGUGUUAUUCCAAGCGAUGGCGGAGGCUGAGGAUUCCCCCGGUAAAGGCUACAUGUGGAAUCUGGACCGGAUUGAUCAACCGUUCGGGGAGGAAGCCGAUCGUGUACACAAUUUGCACACGGCGAAGAAACUCUCGACAACCACGACUCUGCGCUUAGCGUUCUUGAGCCUUGGAGUUGUCUAUGGAGACUUGGGAACUUCUCCACUGUAUGUCUUCUCGAACAUCUUUCCCGACGGUAUCAAGGACCGGAAUGACCUUUUGGGAACACUGUCGCUGAUCAUCUACACCAUCACUCUGAUUGCUCUCGUGAAGUACGUCUUUUUUGCAUUAAGAGCGAAUGACAACGGAGAGGGUGGAACUUUUGCUCUGUAUUCCUUGAUCUGUAGACAUGCCAAAGUCAACACAAUUCCCAAUCAGCACCAUACGGACAGAGCAUUGACAACUUAUAGUUUUCGGCCCAUGUCCAAGAAGUCAACUGCUUACAAGCUGAAAAAUGCACUUGAGACUAGCCUUUUCUUACAGAAGAUACUGCUGGUGCUUGUCCUUCUUGGUACCAGCAUGGUUAUCGGAGACGGCAUGCUGUCUCCGUCAAUAUCAGUACUAUCAGCAGUUCAGGGAAUCCGACUCUCCCAUUUGGAGCUUCCAAAAGGGAGCGUUCUCAUUCUCUCCUUAUUGAUUCUGGUUGCUCUAUUCAGCAUGCAACGAUUUGGAACUGCCAAAGUCGGCUUUAUGUUCGCGCCAAUUAUCUUCAUCUGGUUUAUUUCAAUUGGCACUAUAGGAAUCUACAACAUCUUUGUUCAUUAUCCUCCUGUCUUCAAGGCUCUUUCGCCUGUUUACAUUUUUCGUUACUUUCGUGCUCAAGGAGUGACCGCAUGGAUUUCCCUUGGAGGUGUCGUUCUUUCCGUUACAGGAGCCGAAGCUUUAUUUGCAGACUUGGGCCAUUUCACGGCGCAAUCCAUCCAACUUGCGUUUACUAUUAUAGUGUUUCCGUGCUUAAUAGCAGCUUACAUGGGACAAGCUGCUUAUCUUAUGAAGUAUCCACGGGAUGUUGACGAACCAUUUUACAACUCGAUACCGAAUAGACCGUUUAUCUACUGGCCGAUGUUCGUAGUUGCGACAGCAGCUGCAAUUAUAGCAAGCCAAGCAACGAUCUCGGCUACGUUUUCCAUCGUCAAGCAGGCCGUAGCGCUUGGUUGCUUCCCAAGAGUAAAAAUAGUUCACACGUCGCACAGGUUUCUGGGACAAGUGUACGUUCCCGAGGUAAACUGGACCCUGAUGGUCGCCUGCUUGCUGAUAACAGCGGGUUUCCGGGAGACACAGCAGAUCGGAAAUGCAUACGGUGUGGCAGUCGUGCUCGUCAUGGUCGUGACAACGUUUUUGUUGGCUAUGGUUAUGAUUCUUAUAUGGCACAGCAACCUCUACUUGGCCUUCUCCUUCCUGGCGGUGUUUGGCUCGCUGGAGUUGCUCUACUUUUCAUCGGUUUUGUUCAAGGUGACGAGCGGGGGAUGGGUUCCUCUGGCGAUAGGCUCGGUUCUCAUGGCAGUCAUGUACUUCUGGCACUACGGCUCUUGCGAGAGGCACAAGUUUGAGCUCCAGAACAAGGUGUCCCUUGGAUGGAUCCUCCAGCUCGGCCCAAGCCUCGGGAUGGUGAGGCUGCCAGGAAUCGGCCUGUUCUACACCGAGCUAGCUCACGGGGUUCCAUCGAUCUUCUCGCACUUCCUCACGCACUUUCCAGCGGUCCACUCCAUCCUCACCUUCGUGUGCGUCAAGUAUCUCCCGGUGAGCACCGUCGCCAAAGAAGAGAGGUUCCUGCUGAGGAGGAUCGGUCCCAAGCAGUUUCGGAUGUACCGCUGCGUGGUGAGGUACGGCUACAAGGAUCUCCACAAGAAGGACGACCACUUCGACGAGCUUCUCAUCCGCGCACUGGCCGCCUUCAUUCGCUACGAGUCGCUCAUGGAGAGCGUGGACGAGCAGUCGGAAGAGACCGUGACGAGCAACGGGUCCCUGGAAAGCUGCGGCGCGGCUCCUCCACUGCAAGCACAGGUGGACGGGCACACCAUCACUGGCAGUGAGAUUUGCUUGACAGCGUCAAGCGUCUCCUCGAUCCAGCGGCAAACUCCAAGGAGCUUGAGAGAGGAGGAGGACGAGUGCGCGUUUCUGAUCAAGUGCAAGGAAGAUGGGAUCGUUCACAUAAUGGGGAGCACUGUGAUGCGAGCAAGGCAAGGUUCGGGCUUCUUCAAGCGGCAAGCCAUCAACUCGGGGUAUAGUUUCCUGCGGAAGCUGUGCAGGGACACGAGUGUGAUAUACCAUGUACCUCACGAGAGCCUCCUUCACGUAGGGAUGGUUUAUAACAUUUGAUAUGUGGCUAAAGUCACCUUUCGUUUUUGUAGAAGUUACUUCUUUAACUUAUCCUGUGGUUCUUUUC